AACCUUAGAGAUAGUCCAUGGUGAAUCCUGAAGGAGAGAAGCUGUGUCGACCAAAGUCGUCUUUUUAUCCUUUCCAAUUUUCCCACCAGAAAGAAAGUUUCUCUCUGGCGCAAAAUGAAUUGGACUAAAAACUAAUUCUACAACAGCUUCAGAGCAGAGUUAUGCUGCGUGUAACUUGUUUUUCUCCUUCAUUUUCUCGGGCGUGUUGUCCUUUAUUUGCAAUGAUGCUCAAAGUCCCAUCUGUUCAUCUCCACCAUCCUAGUUUUUCUUCAUUUCGUUGGUACCAUACUUCCUUACUUGUCAAAGGUACCCGUGAUAGACAACUUUUUAAUCUUGUUGAGCGUAGCAGACAUCUAUGCACACUCCCCCUCGCUGCUGCUAAACAAUCAGCAGCUUCUACUUCUGGAAACUUAUCGAGGAAAGCGAAGAAGAAAGCUAUUCAGCAGUCUCCUGAAGCAGUUUUGAAACAAAAGCUAGAUAUGUGCUCCAGGAAAGGUGAUGUCUUGGAAGCUCUUCGCUUGUAUGAUGAGGCAAGGCGCAAUGGCGUGCAGCUCAGCCAGUACCAUUAUAAUGUCUUGCUCUAUGUUUGCUCGUUGGCUGAGGCAGAAACAGAUUCUCUUCCUAAUCCAGGGCUUAGUAGGGGUUUUGAUAUAUUUAAGCAGAUGAUUGUUGACAAAGUUGUUCCCAAUGAAGCAACUUUCACAAAUGGUGCUAGACUUGCCGUUGCAAAGGAUGACCCGGAAAUGGCUUUCGAUAUGGUGAUACAGAUGAAAGCCUUUGGUAUUCAACCACGGCUGAGAUCCUAUGGACCAGCCCUUUUUGGUUUCUGUAGGAAGGGUAAUGCAGACAAAGCUUAUGAAGUCGAUGCACAUAUGAUUGAAUCAGAGGUUGUCCCUGAGGAACCUGAGCUUGCUGCUCUUUUGAAAGUUAGUAUGGAUACGAAAAACGCAGACAAGGUCUAUGAGACGUUGCAGCGGUUGAGAGAAUUGGUGAGACAGGUUUCGAAAUCGACUUUUGAUACGAUUGAAGAGUGGUUUAAAUCUGAAGCCGCUGCAGAAGUUGGAGUUAAGAAAUGGGAUGUGAAGAAAAUAAGGGAUGCGGUUGUGAGUGGUGGUGGUGGGUGGCAUGGACAGGGAUGGCUUGGGACUGGCAAGUGGAAUGUUGAAAGAACAGAGAUGGAUGAGAAUGGUGUGUGUAAAUGCUGCAAAGAGAAGCUUGUUUGUAUUGAUAUCAAUCCGGUUGAGACAGAAACCUUCGCUGCAUCAUUGACCCGAUUAGCCUGUGAAAGAGAAGUCAGAGCUAAUUUUAAUCAGUUUCAGGAAUGGCUGGAAAGACAUGGACCGUUUGAUGCAGUCAUUGACGGAGCCAACAUGGGUUUAGUCAACCAGCGCAGUUUCAGCUUCUUCCAGCUUAACAAUACUGUCCAAAGAUGUCAACAAAUAAGUGCAUCGAAAAGAUUACCACUUGUGAUCCUGCACAAGAGUCGUGUAAAUGGAGGUCCAGCUACUUAUCCUAAAAACAGAGCCUUGCUAGAGAAAUGGAAAAACGCUGGUGCUCUCUAUGCUACUCCUCCUGGCUCAAACGAUGAUUGGUAUUGGCUUUACGCAGCUGUAACUUGUAAGUGUUUAUUAGUGACAAACGAUGAGAUGAGAGACCAUCUCUUCCAACUACUGGGAAAUAGUUUCUUCCCAAGGUGGAAAGAGAAGCAUCAGGUUCGGAUCUCUGUCUCGAGAGAAAAUGGACUCACACUACACAUGCCACCUCCAUACUCCAUCGUUACACAGGAGUCUGAAGAUGGAACAUGGCAUGUCCCAAUGAGCGUGGAAGAUGAUCUCCAAACAUCAAGGCAAUGGUUAUGCGCAAAACGAUCCAAAACCCCUUGAAAUUUUUUUGAUUCUUGUUGUAUCAUCUUACAUUGAUUCUUCAUUUCUAAGUAAAUUUGUAUUUUUAAAACCAAAAGAUGUCUCAAAAUUGAAACAUUAUUCAUCAACACAAUUGAACAAAAGAUUGAAACUU